UGUCCUGCGGCCCACGGGUGAAUCGAAUUCGGGAGAAGACUGGCAAACAUCAGCCGGAGCAGCAGCAGCAGCAGGAAGCUGUGAAAACACAGUCGAUUUGAACCGGAAUCGUCUCAAAAAGACCAAAUACGAGGCUGGCACAGCUAAUGGCAACUUCACGAGGUCAUCCACCAAAGCCUGGCAAGAGGAGUUUGUUGAUCAUCGGCUCCUCAGUCGAAUAGGACAUUAUCCUGAUUCAAAAGAUUUGCCAAGACAGUUGGACAUGGUGGCAUACUUCAGCGACGAGCCUCCUUGUCAGACAACUCACUGCACUAAUGUGGCGGUUGAGCAGUUCAACGCACAACAGCAGAGUGAUGAUAAGAAGAUAAUGCGUGCAGUUGGAGUUGACAGCAACAUGUUUAUCUUGGACCAGAAUGACCCGUUGAGCUAUUGGCAUGUGUACUUUAAAGCUUAUGUAGGGAGAAACCGGUACAGGUGUUUUGCUGAGUUGAGUGGGGAAAAAGGACCCGAAUUGCUCAGAUAUUGCACUGCCGUGAAUAAAGCUUCUGUUGUGGUGUGCAAGUACUGCUUCGGAGGAAUAUAUCACCCUCCGGGAGUAGAUUUCACGGGUUCACCACGUCUUCCACCUCCAAACUUAUAGGCAGUUCCUGCGAAAAAAAGACCGUCAGCUCGAUUGGUUCGAGUCAGUCCUGAAGUAGAAAGAAUGUUUCAGUUUGUCCCUUAUUACUAAUUGAAGUGACAUGUGAUGUUUUGUUGUUCUGAUAUGACCAAGAUAACAAGUGAUUGAACUUGAAUCGCCGACAUGUUCGUUUGGAUACCAGAGGCAGGAGAAAUGCAGUUGUCCGGCACCCUGUUGUCCAGGAAGGAGAGGCGCUGACAACUGAUGCCCGAGGGCUGCCUUGUACCUGCGGUCUGAGUUUUCUAGUGCAAACUAUCCACUGGAGGGGUUCCUCUGUGAGGAACGAGUUGGUUAGAUGUUGGAUUAGUGCUGCUGUGUUGAGCUUUUGGUUCGGUGCUGCCAUGUUGGCCGAUCUGUGCCCUGUCAAAUGUUUCUGAUUAUCCAUGUGUUGGAUGCAAAGGUUGACUGAUUCUGUUACCAUGCCUGAGUUUUUUUUUUUGCUGCA